AUGGAUAAAUUUCUAAAUCUGAAAAGAAAAUCUCCAUCAACCGAUGAUAUUCAUCUAGACGACAUGCCGCAUGAUCCCGGAGAAAGAAAAGGGAUUCAUGAAUAUGAUCAUAAUCAAAUAGAUGAGGUGAGACGCAAGUACUUGACUAGAGGACCUUGUCAACCUCGUGGGCAUAGUUUUAACCAAAGAGUUAUCUCAGGUGCAUUAAGGCGGUUUAAUCCUUCUUGGUUUGAUCAGUAUGAGGAAUUUGAUAGUUGGAAUAAGUCUGACAAAUUGGCUGGCCAUGUAGGUGCGGUAAAUAGCUUUCACAACAUAGCCAAAAAGAAGUGUGAAGAUUUGAUGAGACAAGGUCAGUCAAUCAAACAUGCUUUCCAAAAGCAAACCGAUGUUGUAAAAAAAGAGUAUCGUAUCCGACUAAAUGCUUCAGUCGAUGCUGCUAGAUACUUACUGAAAAAAGGAUUACCGUUUCGUGCUCAUGAUGAGACAGUCGAUUCUAGCAGCAAAGGAAAUUUUUUGGAGUUAGUGAAAUAUACUGCUGCACAGAAUGAAGAUGUGAGCAAGCAAAUGGCUAUAGUUUUUCGCUUUGUCGAUAAACACGGUAUGGUCAAAGAGAGAUUUGUUGGUCUUAUCCAUGUGAAAGAUACAUGUUCUUUAUCUUUGAAAUCUGGAAUUGAUUCAUUGCUUGCUAAAUAUAGUCUGAGUCUGAAAAUGGUGAGAGGACAAGGCUAUGAUGGAGCAGGAAAUAUGAGAGGUGAAUUUAAUGGUCUGAGAGCACUGAUUUCAAAAGAAAACAGUUCGGCAUACUAUGUACACUGUUUUGCUCACCAACUACAAUUGGUAGUUGUUGCUGUCGCGAAGAAACAUUUUGAAAUUAGAGAUUUCUUUGAUAAGAUUUCUUUGUUAGUGAAUGUGGUUGCAGCUUCUUGUAAAAGGAAAUAUAAAAUGCGAGAAAUUCAGCGGGAUAUAAUUGAAAAGGGAAUAAGCAGUGGUGAAAUCAAGACUGGAAAAGGAUUGAAUCAAGAGUCUUCUCUUCCAAGACCAGGGAGUACACAUUGGGGUUCUCAUUAUAAAACGUUGAUGCGGUUAGUUGAGAUGUUUUCUUCUGUGGAUGAGAUGCUUAUAGAACUUGUCACUGGCCUUCAACUAAAAGAUCAAGACAUCCUAAAUGUUGUCUCACUAGUAGAAUCCACUAAGCGGCAACUACAGAAGUUCAGAGAUGAUGGCUGGAAUUCUUUUGUGAAUGAUGUUUUAGCUUUUUGUAAGAAACAUGACACUGGUAUUCUCAACAUGGAGGACGAUUUCAUCGAUCCAAGAAAGCCACACAAAAAGACCAACAUUACCAACUUGCAUCAUUAUCAAGUUAACUGUUUUUAUACAAUAUUGGAUAUGGAGCUUCAAGAGUUUAAUGGUCGCUUUAACGAGGUAAACUCUGAGUUACUCGUUUGCACAUCAGCUUUAAGUCCUACUGCUUCAUUCCGUGAGUUUGAUAAAGAAAAGUUAUUGAGACUGGCUAAAUUCUAUCCUGAGGAUUUUAGUGUUAUGGAGUGCAUAUCACUUAAGCAGCAACUUGACAUUUAUAUUGAUAAUGUACGAGGAGAUGAAAGGUUUGCUGAUUUGAAACAUCUUGGAGAUCUAUCGCGGUUAAUGGUAGAAACCAAAAUCAUCUUUCUAAACCUUUGGUGUAUAGGCUCUUGA